GUGUCCCCCCCCGUGAGGCCCCCCACGCCGAGAUUCCUGCGUGGGAGGGGGCUGGAGCCAAAGGUGGGAGUGGGUGCCCCCUCCCCACCCCCCCACGGGGCACCAUGCCGCUGGGGCAGGAUGGCCCCAGUUGGAAGAAGAGGACAGAGGACAUUCGGCGCAUCUACGACUUCAGAGAGGUCCUGGGCACGUGGCUCUGCGGUUACCCCCCUUUCUACGACGAGAACGACGCCAAGCUCUUCGAGCAGAUCCUGCGGGCCGAGUACGAGUUCGACUCGCCCUACUGGGAUGACAUCUCAGACUCGGCCAAAGACUUCAUCCAGCACCUGAUGGAGAAGGACCCCAGCAAGCGCUUCACCUGUGAGCAGGCCCUGCAGCAUCCCUGGAUCGCUGGGGACACAGCCCUGGACAAGAACAUCCACCAGUCGGUGAGCGAGCAGAUCAAGAAGAACUUUGCCAAGAGCAAGUGGAAGCAAGCCUUCAACGCCACGGCGGUGGUGAGACACAUGCGGAAGCUGCAGCUGGGAACCAGCCAGGAGGGUCCAGGAGGGCAGAUGACUCCCACCAGCCCCAGCGAGCGGCUGGGGGGAGGCACCAGCAACGGGUCAGACUGUGGGCGCCCGCCCGCCAGCAGAGCUCAGCGCCUCCUGCCAGACUGAGCGCAGCCCCGCACAGCUGCAGCCCGGGGGGAGUCCAGCCUUCCUGUGGGCACAGUGUGGGGUGGUGGUGGGGGGGCCUGCAGUGCUGGAGCCAGGGAGGGGGGGGACGGCACGGUGGCACCCUGCCCUGCUCACCCCAUCUCCCAGUCCCGGGUGUGUGGGGCUGCCCCCCGCUGCAGGCUCGCAGCAGAGCUCUGCACUGGGGCAGGGGAAGCCCCCUAGGACAC